AUUACUUUCACUGCCUGCGACGCUUUAAUCUUCAACUACCGUGCAGAAGUCAACUAAAUCAGCUGUUCGCAUAUUAUAAUCAAUGUACCUGAGUUUUUAAUGGACGAUGAAAUGGAUGAGACAGCGAAACUAGUCACGAGCGUGAGUGUUGAUGACGCCUCCGUAAAAUGUACGCCACAACGAGGGGGCGUGUCUUCAAGAAGAAGACCUCCAGAUUCCAGAUGUAGCGCCAGGAACGUAAAUUCUGGCUUUAAAUCUCCUGUUCAGAAACCCAGUAUGAUGAAAUCUGCAGUCUGUCCAAAGGAAGAGGUCAAAGCACUCAGGAAAACACUAGAUCAGCUUGACUCUGAGAUCGCCCUGCUGGAAAAGGAAGGAUUUGUUGUGCAGGAGUUGGAUCAGCACAUAGAUUUACUACAUGAAUACAAUGACAUCAAAGACAUUGGACAAAGUCUUCUGGGCAGAUUAGCCAGCCAGCGUGGAGCUACCACACGAGACUUGUACAGUCACUUCGACCUUGAGUUGGAUGAUUGAGCUACAUGAGAGAGCUGUGGAGAACAAGAAUCUGGAAAGAAGGCCUCAUUGAAUACUGUGACACUGUAAAGGGCUAUUUCAUUAUUUUCUGACCCUUAUGUUGUUCCUAACCCUUAUGCUAUUAUUGUUUCUGUGGAACACAAAAAGAGACUUUUUGAAGAAUUCCACACAGAUCUUUUUCAUACAAUCUUCAAAAAUUACUAAAAGAACCAUGAAAGUAUUCAUGCAAUAUAUUCAAAGCAUAUGAUAUGUUUGUGUAAGGAAUAGACUAUAAUCCAUUAUUCACUGAAUAUCUUGCUCUCAGCCAAAGCUCUGGAAUGAUUCAAAAGUAGCACGCCAAGGUGUAAUGAACUGCUUUGACGUCUUUGACUCCAUACAACAUUGUUUCUUGCAUGUGUCGUAACCAAACGUGAUGCAUGUCCAAAUAUGUGGACUUGAGAAUGGCAUUUGAGCUCUGUGGUGGGGAUUAUUUUUAAUGAAUAACAACUUAAAAUAUGAUUUGUUCCUCACACAACGCUAUUAUAUGGCUUCAGAAGACUUAGAAAAUAGCGAAAUCAUAAAAAAUUAUAUGGGCUACAUUUAAAGGUGAUUUAUAUAUAAUAAUUUUUAUUUUUUUUGGAGCUUGACAGACAUGGCCACUAUGAGCUGUUAUUAUAUGGAAAAGAGCUGUGUGCCUAUUCUUUAAAAAAAAAAAAAAAAAAAGCCUUUUUAGUUUAACAGAAUAAGGGUUUGGAACACAUGAGAGUAAUUAAAUAAUGACAGAAUUUUCUUUUUUUUUUUUUGUGGGACUUAUAAAUGGUUGGAAUGUACCAUUUUGGCCUUGAGUGUAGUCAUUCAUAUGCAAUAAUUGUAUUUAUAACAAAUAUACUAGUUAAUGGCUUAUAUUGUUUUUUAGCUUCACGUUGUGCUUUUUCUGAAUUUCUGUCUAAUUUCAAUUAAAUGAACAUACUCAAAUAUGUCAAGCUGAUACUACAUUACAAUUAAUUAAACUAAUGUAUUGUUGUUGUCCCAACAUUGCUUAUCAUUGCUAUAAAUUAGCUGAAGUAUUUAAUUUAAAAAAUAAUAUUAUUAUUACUUCUAUAUACCGUACUUGUCCGGUGGCUCAGUUAAGCUCUAAAAGGCAGACUUUAAAAUGGCUUGUCCAACUGUAGGAAAAUUAUGAUAGAGUGUUAUGGAUUGUGUCAUGAUAUUUAUGGAUUACAUAGAUAAUACUGCCUGCUACACUGAUAGCAAGUUGCAAAAGAUCAACAGUCAUACAUUGUGUUAUCUAGCAUGGUAAUCAAGUUUGAGUUUUUGCUAAGUAGAUGUGGUUUUCAAAUGAAGAAAUGCGUGUUUGCUCACUUUUUGGUAAUGAAUGAAGCAAAGAAAACACUGUGCUCUUAAAAAAAGCAUGAAUUAAGUUGAUGUAAAUUCAUUCAUUUGCCCACUACUCUGCUUUUUAAAGACCAAUUUAUUUCUGACAUCUGAGUGAAAAUAAAAUGUAGCUGGGCUAGACAUCAUUUUGUUCAUUGAGAAUUUUUUAGAUGGUGAAAAGUGGUGUCUUACAUGACAAAUAUGAAAAAUAAAAGGGC